AUGUCUGAGGAAAUAUUUAGACGUUAUCAGGGUGUAUUGCAAUUUAUUGAAACGUUUAGCCACGUUUUGAGCAGGAACCCUGAAGCUACAUCAUUUUUCAGGUCGCUUGGAAAGUUCGAACAUCCAAUACGUGUUCGGUGGGGUACACUGUUAAGGGCAACGAACUUCAUCAACACCUAUUUUGAUCACAUAUUGAUAUUUUGUGAUCAGAAUAGGUCAGGUAUCAAAAGUGACAGUUUCAAACUGUUGGAUAUACAGUCCAGGAAUCUUGAUAUUAAGGAUAAUAUUAAAGAAAUAUCGGACUGCUAUGGACACUUACCUGACCUCAUAAAGAGGGUUGAGAAACGGUCUUUCUCGAUUGAGGAAGCAUAUGACAUGGGUUCAAAAAUUAAGUUUCGAAAUGAUCCGAUCAAUUUGAUGGGUUAUUACACAAAGAAAUUUAAUAAGAACCUGAUAAGCGAAAUUUGUAACAACACAAUUACAGGUGUUGGGAACGGACAAAUUGAUCGCCUGAAGAAAUGUCCAUCAACAUCUGUUGAGGUGGAGCGGUCAUUUUCUAUGGUGACCAAAAUGAUGGCAAAGGAUCGAAAUUUCGACAUGGCCAACUUUGAGGCUUACGUUAUGAUCAGAUACAAUAAAAUGUGA